AUGUACAUUGUAAUAGCAAUGGACGAUAUCGAUGUAACCGUCGACAUUAUCGAUAGCGCCUACAACAAUUCUGUGUACCGUAACAGUUUUAAUAAUAACACGGUGGAAAAUAUUAUUAAUGUUAAUUUUUAUACUACGGGAACAGCGAUAAGAUUAGAAGAGGAUAAUUAUUUUAAACGAAGAAUGAUCAGAACGAACUUUCAUCGGGCGGAGUACACCGAUCUGUCCGCGAUCCUCGAGCAAUGGCGACGCAACGCGACCAUAAAGGACAACAAGAGUUCGGUAAAAGAGAAAUUGUACAAAAAUAAUUUGGAACCAGCUCGUACGGACCGGACGCCAUUUUCUACGAAGAGUAACGUCCUCAAAAGGGAUCGCGAAGUCAGUUAUCCUUAUCCUUUCACAGAUUACACGCGUACACGUUUUUGUUUCGAUUAUCCGUUCGAAAAUGUUAACAACGAACCGCGGCACCGACUGGUCAGGAACUUAAAGUCGAUAACGAUUAAUUACGAGACCAAUUUGAGACACCAUCGUAGGAAAUCGAAGAGGGCGAGGAGAUCGUCGAACUUGUUAUUUCGUGGCAAAAAGAGAAGAUCGAGGAAACGAGAUGUUUCGAUGAAUAAAACUCGCGUGGCUGGCCGUUACGGGAACGGUACCGUUUUAUUGCCAAGAUUGAUAAAGAUAUCGCGACGAAAUGUAAGUACAAUCAAACACCAGUCGCAUUCCCCGAAUAAAACUUUAGGUCUUCGUGAAAUUUUACGAACGAGACCCGUCGAUAAGAGAACGACCAAGUCCGUUAAACAAAGAAGGAAACGAAAUAUUAGGAAAAGAAUGGACACGGAAGGGGUCAGCGAAACGUAUACCGCGGGGAAAGAAAUAACUGCGUACGUGGACACGCUUCACUUACUUUUUACGACCGGCACGCCAGAGAUCGAAUCACAGUUAACGUAUAAUACCGGAUAUCAAAGCGAAAUAGACAUUUUACAGACGACUCUGAGUUGGUUGGACCAAUUAAGUAGCACGUCCGAGCCUCCGAGCGCGUUAACGGUAGAGGAGACAGAAACGACUGGGGUUGUCGAGGAAUUUCACGAUAAAGAAUACGAGGAAGAUUAUAAGGAAUCGUAUGACGAGUAUGGAGAAAAAACAACCGCAGCAUCGCAAUCGUGGCUCGAAUAUAAAGACGAGACUUUGACUAGCGAAACAGCUACCGUAUCAUCGAGAGUGGCGGAGGAAAGAAUUGUACCAGAGACCACAUUGGCAACUACUACAAUUUCAAGCAGACCGAUAACGAGAACAGAAGAUACGUCUACGGUUGCAACAGUAGCUACUAUGAUAUCGGAGAUACCAACUAUUGAAACAACGUUGCAAGUAGUAACUACGACCACGAUAGAACCUACUGUUGCAACUACAACUUCUACCGAAGAAUUGAUUACAACUAUUGCGACAGCACCAACGUCGACUACAGUGAUGAGAAGAAUAACGGGUUUGGAAACUAGUUUGAAACCUAUCAUCUCUAGUACAAUAGUAGCUACAACUGCAACAGAAGCUACCACUGGAGGAACAUCUGUAAUAGAGACUACCAGUGAAAGAACAACUGCAACAGAGACUACCACUGCAAGGACAACUACACCAGAGAUUACCAUCGAGGAAGUAACUACUUCUACUGAAGAAAUAACGACAUCUGAAACCACAACAGAAGAAAUAACUACACUAUUGACUAUCACUGAAGGAACAACUACAACAGAAACUACCACUGAAGGAGCAACUGCAACAGAAGCUACCAUUGAAGAAACAGCCAUAUCUCAAAUUGUCACUGAAGGAUCAACUGCACCCGAGACUACUACAGAGAGAACUACUACGCCUGAAACUACCACUGAAAAGACAAUAACGACAUCUGAAACCAUUGCAGAAGUAAUAACUACACUAUUGACUACGAUAGAAGAAAUAACUGCAACAGAAACUACGACAGAAGAAAUAAUUGCAACAGAAGCUACCACUGAGGGAACAACUGCAACAGAAACUACCAGUGAAGGAACAAUUACAUCAGAGACUACAAGUGAAACAACUACAAUAGAGACUACCAGUGAAGGAACAACUACAACAGAGACUACCAGUGAAAGAACAACUGCAACAGAGAUUACCACUGCAAGGACAAAUACACCAGAGAUUACCAUCGAGGAAGUAACUACUUCUACUGAAGAAAUAACGACAUCUGAAACCACAACAGAAGAAAUAACUGCACUAUUGACUAUCACUGACGAAACAACUGCAACAGUAACUACCACUGAAGAAAUAACUACACCAGAAACUACCACUGAAGGAGCAACUGCAACAGAAACUACCACUGAAGGAACAACUGCAACAGAAGCUACCAUUGAAGAAACAGCCAUAUCUCAAAUUAUCACUGAAGGAUCAACUGCACCCGAGACUACUACAGAGAGAACUACUACGCCUGAAACUACCACUGAAAAGACAUUAACGACAUCUGAAACCAUUGCAGAAGUAAUAACUACACUAUUGACUACGACAGAAGAAAUAACUGCAACAGAAACUACCACUGAGGGAACAACUGCAACAGAAACUACGACAGAAGAAAUAAUUGCAACAGAAGCUACCACUGAGGGAACAACUGCAACAGAAACUAUAAGUGAAGGAACAAUUACAUCAGAGACUACAAGUGAAACAACUACAAUAGAGACUACCAGUGAAGGAACAACUGCAACAGAGACUACCAGUGAAAGAAUAACUGCAACAGAGACUACCACUGCAAGGAUAACUACACCAGAGAUUACCACCGAGGAAGCAACUACUUCUACUAAAGAAAUAACGACAUCUGAAACCACAACAGAAGAAAUAACUACACUAUUGACUAUCACUGAAGGAACAACUGCAACAGAAACUACCACUGAAGGAGCAACUGCAACAGAAGCUACCAUUGAAGAAACAGCCAUAUCUCAAAUUGUCACUGAAGGAUCAACUGCACCCGAGACUACUACAGAGAGAACUACUACGCCUGAAACUACCACUGAAAAGACAAUAACGACAUCUGAAACCAUUGCAGAAGUAAUAACUACACUAUUGACUACGACAGAAGAAAUAACUGCAACAGAAACUACCACUGAGGGAACAACUGCAACAGAAACUACGACAGAAGAAAUAAUUGCAACAGAAGCUACCACUGAGGGAACAACUGCAACAGAAACUAUAAGUGAAGGAACAAUUACAUCAGAGACUACAAGUGAAACAACUACAAUAGAGACUACCAGUGAAGGAACAACUGCAACAGAGACUACCAGUGAAAGAAUAACUGCAACAGAGACUACCACUGCAAGGAUAACUACACCAGAGAUUACCACCGAGGAAGUAACUACUUCUACUAAAGAAAUAACGACAUCUGAAACCACAACAGAAGAAAUAACUACACUAUUGACUAUCACUGAAGGAACAACUGCAACAGAAACUACCACUGAAGGAGCAACUGCAACAGAAGCUACCAUUGAAGAAACAGCCAUAUCUCAAAUUGUCACUGAAGGAUCAACUGCACCCGAGACUACUACAGAGAGAACUACUACGCCUGAAACUACCACUGAAAAGACAAUAACGACAUCUGAAACCAUUGCAGAAGUAAUAACUACACUAUUGACUACGACAGAAGAAAUAACUGCAACAGAAACUACCACUGAGGGAACAACUGCAACAGAAACUACGACAGAAGAAAUAAUUGCAACAGAAGCUAUCACUGAGGGAACAACUGCAACAGAAACUACCAGUGAAGGAACAAUUACAUCAGAGACUACAAGUGAAACAACUACAAUAGAGACUACCAGUGAAGGAACAACUACAACAGAGACUACCAGUGAAAGAACAACUGCAACAGAGACUACCACUGCAAGGAUAACUACACCAGAGAUUACCACCGAGGAAGCAACUACUUCUACUAAAGAAAUAACGACAUCUGAAACCACAACAAAAGAAAUAACUACACUAUUGACUAUCACUGAAGGAACAACUGCAACAGUAACUACCACUGAAGAAAUAACUGCACCAGAAACUACCACUGAAGGAACAACUGCAACAGAAACUUCCACUGAAGGAGCAACUGCAACAGAAGCUACCAUUGAAGAAACAGCCAUAUCUCAAAUUGUCACUGAAGGAUCAACUGCACCCGAGACUACUACAGAGAGAACUACUACGCCUGAAACUACCACUGAAAAGACAAUAACGACAUCUGAAACCAUUGCAGAAGUAAUAACUACACUAUUGACUACGACAGAAGAAAUAACUGCAACAGAAACUACCACUGAGGGAACAACUGCAACAGAAACUACGACAGAAGAAAUAAUUGCAACAGAAGCUACCACUGAGGGAACAACUGCAACAGAAACUACCAGUGAAGGAACAAUUACGUCAGAGACUACAAGUGAAACAACUACAAUAGAGACUGCCAGUGAAGGAACAACUGCAACAGAGACUACCAGUGAAAGAACAACUGCAACAGAGAUUACCACUGCAAGGACAACUACACCAGAGAUUACCAUCGAGGAAGUAACUACUUCUACUGAAGAAAUAACGACAUCUGAAACCACAACAGAAGAAAUAACUACACUAUUGACUAUCACUGAAGGAACAACUGCAACAGAAACUACCACUGAAGAAAUAACUGCACCAGAAACUACCACUGAAGGAACAACUGCAACAGAAACUUCCACUGAAGGAACAACUGCAACAGAAUCUACCAUUGAAGAAACAACCAUAUCUCAAAUUGUCACUGAAGGAUCAACUGCACCCGAGACUACUACAGAGCGAACUACUACGCCUGAAACUACCACUGAAAAGACAAUAACGACAUCUGAAACCAUUGCAGAAGUAAUAACUACACUAUUGACUACGACAGAAGAAAUAACUGCAACAGAAACUACCAUUGAAGAAACAAUUGCAACAGAAACUAUGUCAGAAGAAAUAAUUGCAACAGAAGCUACCACUGAGGGAACAACUGCAACAGAAACUACCAGUGAAGGAACAAUUACAUCAGAGACUACAAGUGAAACAACUACAAUAGAGACUAUCAGUAAAAGAACAAUUGCAACAGAGACUACCACUGAAGAAACAGCUACUACAGAAACCACAAGUAAAGGAAUAACUACAGUAGGAACUACCUCUGAAGGAACAUCUAAACCAGAGAGUAGCAUUGAAGAAACAACCACACCUGAGACGACCACUAAAGGAUCAACUACACCAAAGAUUACCAUUAAAGGAAUAACUACAGUAGGGACUACAUUCGAAGGAACAUCUAAACUAGAAAGUACCAUUGAAAAAACUACCACAGAAGUAAUACCAACAACUGCUAUAGCAACACAUAUCGUAACUACAAAGGCGCAGGAGAUGUCAACGGCUAAAACUGCUUUGGAGCAUACUACAAUUGUCCUUAUAGUGACAACUAUACAAGAACCGAUUACUACCGAAGCAACUGCAAUUAUUACUAGUACUCCAACAACAAUUGCAAGAGAAACAACUUUGGCUCCUACAACUUCAAGCUUAGUAACGGCUACAACUACAACAGGGACUACCUCUGUAAAAAUAACUGCGCCUGAAACUACCAGCGAAGGAAUGGCGACAAUAAAGACUACGAUUGAAGAAACAGCUAUACCCGGGACCACUAGGGAAGAAGUAAUCACAAGUGAACCUACCAUUGAAGAAACAAGUACAACUUUAACAGCAGCAACAGAAACUACAGUGGAAAUAACAUCUGUAAAGGCAGUGACAGUCGCUGAAUCUACUUUGGAAGAUAUUACGACUAUAACUGCAACACCAACGGAGUCCACUACUACUGAACCGACAGCUACCACUAUAACAACAUUAACACCGACAGAAAUCGCAAUCUUAGAAACAACUUUGAAACUUACGACCGCAAGUACAAUAGGAACUAUGACUACAACUGAGUCUACACACGAGGAACCAACUAUUCCUCAGACUACUAUUGCAAUGGCAACUGAAACUGAGAUAUCAACAACCGAAACAACCGUUACCGAGACUGCGUUAGAACAUAUUACAAGUACAGUUCUAGCAACAACUACACUACAAUCUACAACUGAAGAAUUAACAACAGCUCUUGAAACCACGUCAGAGAUAACUACAACUGUAACAACAGCAGCUACAAUUACAACAGAAACCAUCCCUGAAGAAACAACUAUAGCUGAGACAACUACCAGUGAAGCAACAACUACAUUAGAGACUACUCUCGAAGAAACAACUACUCCUGUAAUGACCACUAUAGGAAGAACUACACCUGAGACUAGUACUGUGGAAACAACAACUGAGACAUCUAUUAUUGAAACAACUGCAGGUGAGACUACCAGUGAAGCAACAAUUACACCAGAAACUACUGAAGAAAGGAUUACAACUACAGAAGUACCGAUUGAAACUACAGCGACGUCAGAGUUAUAUGAGGUUGAAACAACGUUGGAAAGUGUUACUACGACUACAACAUUACCAAUGACUACAAUAGAGUCAACCGUUCCUGAGACUACGUUCGAACAUACUACAAUUACAAUAAAGACCACAACUGAAGAAUCGACUGCAGCUCUUGUAACAACACCACGGCCAGAAAUAACUGUAGCAGAAACAACAGUUUUAGAGGCGACUUUGGAACAUACAAGUCCAAGUACUGAAGCAAUUACAACCACGACAGAGAGUAUUCAUGAAGUAACAACCAUAUAUGAGAGUUCUAGUACAGAAACAACUGUAUUUGAGACUACUGUUGAACCAACAACGACACUGGAAGCUACGACAGAGACUAUUCACGAAGUAGCAACUGUAUCUGAGACUUUCAUUAUAGAAACAACUAUAUCUGGAACUUCCACAACAGAAACAACUCUAUCUGAGACUUCCACUACGGAAAUAACCGAACAUAAGACUACCAUUGAACCAACAACGACAGUGGAAGCUACGACAGAGACUAUUCGCGAAGUAGCAACUGUAUCUGAGACUUCCAUUAUAGAAACAACUAUAUCUGGGACUUCCACAACAGAAACAACUCUAUCUGAGUCUUCCACUAUAGAAACAACAAAACAUGAGACUACCAUUGAAGCAACAACUACACCGGAAACUACUACCGUGAUCACAUCAACAGUAACAGCAUUUACUACUGAAGAAAUAACUACACCUGAAGUUACCACUGGGGAAGAAAUUACAUCUACAGUUGAAACACCAGUCGUAACGACGACGACAACGAAGAUACCAACAACUGAAUCAACAUUGGCACUUGUAACUACGACUACAACAUUACCAACACCCAUAACUGAGACCACGUUAGAACAUACGACAACUACAGUAAAGUCUACAACUGAAGAGUCGACUACGUCACUUGUAACAACGCCACGACUAGAAACAACUAUAAUAGAAACAGUAGCAUUGGAGACAACUUUGAAACUAACAACUCCAAGUACUGAUGAAAUUACAACGACAGAGGUUAUCACAGAAGAGACAAUACCAGAGACUACUACUGUUGAGACUACGGUUGUAGCAACUACACCAGAGAUUACAACCGAAGAAAUAACUACACUUGAAGUUACCACUGAAGAAGCUACGCCUACAAUUUCGACACUAAUUACAACAGUAUCAACUGUAACUGAGACUACGUUAGAGCAUACAGUCACUACGCUUCCAAUGUUAACUACUAUUAAGUCUACUACUGAAGAAUUGACCACAACUAUUGUACCAACUCCAACAUCCGAAAUAACAAGCUUGGACACAACUUUGGAAUCUACAACUCGAAGUACUGAAGCAAUUACAACCACGACAGAGAGUAUUCAUGAAGUAACAACCAUAUAUGAGAGUUCUAGUACAGAAACAACUGUACUUGAGACUACUAUUGAACCAACAACGACACUGGAAGCUACGACAGAGACUAUUCACGAAGUAGCAAGUGUAUCUGAGACUUCCAUUAUAGAAACAACUAUAUCUGGAACUUCCACAACAGAAACAACUCUAUCUGAGACUUCCACUACGGAAAUAACCGAACAUGAGACUACCAUUGAACCAACAACGACAGUGGAAGCUACGACAGAGACUAUUCGCGAAGUAGCAACUGUAUUUGAGACUUCCACUACAGAAACAACUGAACGUGAGACUACAACUAUACCAGAAACUACUACCGCGAUCACAUCAACCGUUACAGAGUUUACUACUGAAGAAAUAACUAUACCUGAAGUUACCACUGAAGAAGAAAUUACAUCUACAGUUGAAGCACCUGUCGUAACCACAGCAACACUGGAGAUACCAACAACUGAAACAACGUUGGAAGCAGUGACUACUAGUAUAACUUCUCCAAUGCCGACAUCGGAGUUAACGAUUACUGAGACUACAUUGGAACGUAUUACAAGUACUAUUCCAACAACCAGUACAGUAAAAUCUACAAUUGAAGCAUUGACUACAGCUCUUGUAACGUCAGCAACACCAGAAGUAAUCACGAUAGCAACAACGACCUUAGAGACAACUCUAGAACCUACAAUCUCGAGCAGAGUAACUACUAUAUCUACAACGGGAACCAUCCCCGAAGAAACAACCAUAUCCAAAAUGACGACUGCAGAAACAACUACACGCCAAACUAUUACUGAAACUACUGAAGAAUUGACUAGACUUGAGACUACAACGGAGAAGUCAACUACUCCUGAAGAGUUGUCUACAACGCUACUAACACUAGCAACGAUUGUAACAGAACCAACAAUCCUUGAAACGACUUUGGAACCAAUAACAUUCGGUACACUAGCAGUUAUGACUACGACAGAGACUAUGCCAACAGAAACGACAGUACUUGAAACCCCUGCUGAAUCGACUACAUUAGUGACUACGACUGAGACCAGAGAAAUGCCUACACCAAAGUCUACGACUAAGGAAAUGUCUACAACACAGGUUACUACUAAAGAAACAACUUUAACAAUGACUUCCACGGAAGAAAGUACUACGCCUGAAGCAACCACUGAAGAAACAACUACACCAGAGAUUACUACAGAGAAAACUACUAUAUUUGAAGCUACCACUGAAGAAACAACUACACCACAAACUACAACAGAAGAAACAACUACAGUGGAGACUAUAACUGAAGAGAUACGUGAGUCCACGACUAAAGAGGCAACAUCAACAACAGAAACUACCACUGAAGAAAUAACUGCAAUAGGCACUAUUACUGAAGAAUCAACUACACCUGAAACUACAACUGAAGAAGCAACUACAAUAAGGAUUACCACUGAGGAAACUACCACGACUGAAGUUACCACUGAAGAAAUAACGACAGUGGAGAGUACAACUGAAGAAAUAACUACACCAAUGGCUACUACUGAAGAAACUACAACUACCGUAACACCAUCUAUAAUGACCACUGUGCCACCAUCGGUAUCAGUGGCUGAAACAACACUGGAAGUUGUAAGAACAAGUACUGUUGGUGUAAUAACUACUCCAGAAAUGACAACAGAAGAAACAACCGCACCUGAGAGUACUACUGAGGAAACAACUACACCUGAGAGUACUACUGGAGAAACAACUACACUUGAAACUACUACUGAAGAAACAACUACAAUAAGGAUUACCACUGAGGAAACUACUACGACUGAAGCUACCACUGAAGAAAUAACUACAGUGGAGAGAACAACUGUAGAAAUAACUACACAAAUGGCUACUACUGAAGAAACUACAACUACCGUAACGCCAUCUAUAAUGACCACUGUGCCACCAUCGGUAUCAGUGGCUGAAACAACAUUGGAAGUUGUAAGAACAAGUACUGUUGGUGUAAUAACUACUCCAGAAAUGACAACAGAAGAAACAACCGCACCUGAGAGUACUACUGAGGAAACGACUACACCUGAGAGUACUACUGAAGAAGCAACUGCACCUGAAACUACUACUGAAGAAGCAACUACAAUAAGGAUUACCACUGAGGAAACUACCACGACUGAAGUUACCACUAAAGAAAUAACGACAGUGGAGAGUACAACUGAAGAAAUAAUUACACCAAUGGCUACUACUGAAGAAACUACAACUACCGUAACACCAGCUAUCACGACCACUGUGCCACCAUCAGUGGCUGAAACAACAUUGGAAGUUGUAAGAACAAGUACUCUUGGUGUAAUAACUACUCCAGAAAUGACAACAGAAGAAACAACCACACCUGAAAUUACCGCUGAAGAAAUAACUACACCUGAGAGUACUACUGAAGAAACAACUACACCUGAAACUACUACUGAAGAAGCAACUACAAUAAGGAUUACCACUGAGGAAACUACCACGACUGUAGUUACCACUAAAGAAAUAACUACAGUGGAGAGUACAACUGAAGAAAUAACUACACAAAUGGCUACUACUGAAGAAACUACAACUACCGUAACACCAUCUAUAAUGACCACUGUGCCACCAUCGGUAUCAGUGGCUGAAACAACAGUGGAAGUUGUAAGAACAAGUACUAUUGGUGUAAUAACUACCCCAGAAAUGACAACAGAAGAAACAACCACACCUGAAAUUACCGCUGAAGAAAUAACUACACCUGAGAGUACUACUGAAGAAACAACUGCACCUGAAACUACUACUGAAGAAGCAACUACAAUAAGGAUUACCACUGAGGAAACUACCACGACUGUAGUUACCACUAAAGAAAUAACUACAGUGGAGAGUACAACUGAAGAAAUAAUUACACCAAUGGCUACUACUGAAGAAACUACAACUACCGUAACACCAGCUAUCACGACCACUGUGCCACCAUCGGUAUCAGUGGCUGAAACAACAUUGGAAGUUGUAAGAACAAGUACUCUUGGUGUAAUAACUACCCCAGAAAUGACAACAGAAGAAACAACCACACCUGAAAUUACCGCUGAAGAAAUAACUACACCUGAGAGUACUACUGAAGAAACAACUACACCUGAAAGUACUACUGAAGAAGCUACUAUCACCACAAUGACAACACCUGUCGUUACAACGAUUUCUACGACACCUGAAAUGAUAACAACGGAAACAGAAUACGUUGCUGAGACUGAAACUAUGCAUGAUGUCGAGUACGAAGAGGAAUAUAAAGAAGAAUAUGAAGAAGAAACCACUGAGGAAUCACCGAUGUGGUCUCAUUAUGUAAUAGAAGAAACUACUAAAUUUACACCGGUUAAGACAACGAAAUUUAAAACCACAUCUGUGACAACACUUUCAUACGAGGUUACUAUUGCAAGACCAUUGAAGACAACUACGCCACUUGCAAAAACUACAAAAAUUACAACACCUACAAAGAAGAAGGCAACUGAAUUUAUAGUAACUACCCUAUUCGAAAAAGAAGUUACGCCACUUGCAAUCACCGAGAAAAUUAGUACAGAGAGUCUGAGACCAACCUCUACGACACUAGAAUCCACAAUUGAAUCGACGUCAGUAACUACGGAGUCUGUUUCGGUUCUGGACGUUACAGAAACAAUCGAAACAACUACGUCAACGACUGAAAUGACUACAAAAACAAUGUCUUCUUCGACUGAAUUCGCAACAGAAACUACCGAAAGUGCAACGACGUUAGAGUCAGUAACGACAUCGUUGUCUACCAUUACGACUGUAACAAUUGAAGAAACUACAGAAAUUCCAACCACCACACACGAAGCAACAACUGAAUCCACGACAGAAACUAUCGAGAGCACGACUACAUUGGUACCAGCAGCUGUAACCACGUAUAUUACCACCGGGACGUCAGUAGAAACUACAGAAACUACUUCGGUGACCGAAUCUACCACCAAACCUGUGAUAUUAACGACAGAAUCACCGUCAGUUAAUUUAACUAUAGUCACGAUAGAAACGACAACUACACUAGCAAUGCCAGAAGUAACUGUUGGUACUCCUACCACCGAAAGUAUAAUAACAACAACAGAACCACUAUCUAGUAUCACCCACACGUUAGAAAUCACAACCGAAUCCAUAGUCGUUACUACGGAAUCAAUACCAAUCACGGAAAGAACUACUACACCUGUGUCUACUACCGAAACGAUGGAAGAAACAACCGAAACACCAUCCUCUACUACUGAAUUCACAACUGAAUCCACAACAGAAACUACUGAAAGCACAUCUAUGUCGGUGACAUCAACAGUAGUAACUUCUACCACCUCGACAACCGAAACGACAGAAGAAACUACAGAAAUUCCAUCUCCUACAACAGAAUUUACUACUGAAUCAACUAUAUUAACUACAGAAUCUCUGCCAAUUAAUGUAACUAUUACGACAGAAACAGCAACUAUGCUUGUGACCCCGGAAAUCACUACAGUUGCUCCCACAACGGAAACACCAACUAGUACCAUUAAAACAUCGGUAGAAACAAGUGAAACACCAUCGUCCACUACUGAAUCCACAACAGAAACUACUGAAAGCACAACUAUGUCGGUGACAUCAACAGUAGUAACUUCUACCACCUCGACAACCGAAACGACAGAAGAAACUACAGAAAUUCCACCAACUAGUACCAUUAAAACAUCGGUAGAAACAAGUGAAACACCAUCGUCCACUACUGAAUCCACAACAGAAACUACUGAAAGCACAUCUAUGUCGGUGACACCAACAGUAGUAACUUCUACCACCUCGACAACCGAAACGACAGAAGAAACUACAGAAAUUCCAUCUCCUACAACAGAAUUUACUACUGAAUCAACUAUAUUAACUACAGAAUCUCUGCCAAUUAAUGUAACUAUUACGACAGAAACAGCAACUAUGCUUGUGACCCCGGAAAUCACUACAGUUGCUCCCACAACGGAAACACCAACUAGUACCAUUAAAACAUCGGUAGAAACAAGUGAAACACCAUCGUCCACUACUGAAUCCACAACAGAAACUACUGAAAGCACAUCUAUGUCGGUGACACCAACAGUAGUAACUUCUACUACUUCGACAACCGAAACGACAGAAGAAACUACAGAAAUUCCAUCUCCUACAACAGAAUUUACUACUGAAUCAACUAUAUUAACUACAGAAUCUCUGCCAAUUAAUGUAACUAUUACAACGACAGAAACAGCAACUAUGCUUGUGACCCCAGAAAUAACUACAGUUACUUCCACAACGGAAACACCAACUAGUACCAUUAAAACAUCGGUGGAAACAAGUGAGACACCAUCGUCCACUACUGAACCCACAACAGAAACUACUGAAAGCACAUCUAUGUCGGUGACACCAACAGUAGUAACUUCUACCACUUCGACAACCGAAACGACAGAAGAAACUACAGAAAUUCCAUCUCCUACGACAGAAUUUACUACUGCAUCCACUAUAUUAACUACAGAAUCGCUACCAAUUAAUGUAACUAUUGAGACGACUGGAAGAUCUCCCAAAUUUACUGAGCCAGGUGUAACUACAAGAAUUCGUACUACCGAAAUUAUGAUAGUAACUACAGAGACGCUAACUAGUACCACUGAAACUACCACACCGGUCACAACUACAGGUAUACCUUCUGUUUUGACUACCGAAAUGACUGAAGAAGCUACAGAAAUUCCGUCCUCUACGACUGAAUUUACAACAGAGUCGACUACAGUAUCGUUGCCAAUUAAUGUAACUAUAGAGGAGACAGAAACUACAACUACGCAUCUAACGCCGGAGGUACCUACAGAAAUUGUAACAGUAACAACAGAAACGGCAACAAGCACCAUUGAAACGUCUAAAGUCGCAACCGGGUCCACUAUCCUUUCUACGGAAUUAGUACCAGUUAAUGAAACUACCGAAACAAUUACGGUGACCACUGCAUUAACUUUGCUUGUUUCUACCGCUGAAAUAGCAGAAGAAACUAUAGAAACACCAUCCUCUACUACCAAAUCCACGAUAUUAACUACGGAAAUCCUAAUCAGUACUACAGAAACCUCAGAAUUUACAACUGAAUCUGCCAUUGUUACUACGGAAUUUGUAUCAAUCAAUGAAACUACAGAAGCUACUGAAAUAGCAACAGGUACCUCACCUUUCUCGACAAUUGAAACUACUGAAACUCCAUCCUCUACCGAGUCUACAACCGAAUCCACGGUAUUAACUACGGAAAUCCUAAUCAGUACUACAGAAACCUCAGAAUUUACAACUGAAUCUGCCGUUGUUACUACGGAAUUUGUAUCGAUCAAUGAAACUACAGAAGCUACUGAAACAGCAACAGGUACCUCACCUUUCUCGACAAUUGAAACUACUGAAACUCCAUCCUCCACCGAGUCUACAACCGAAUCCACGGUAUUAACUACGGAAAUCCUAAUCAGUACUACAGAAACCUCAGAAUUUACAACUGAACCUGCCAUUGUUACUACGGAAUUUGUAUCGAUCAAUGAAACUACAGAAGCUACUGAAACAGCAACAGGUACCUCACCUUUCACGACCACUGAAACUUCAGAAACUCCAUCCUCUACCGAGUCUUCAACCGAAUCCACGGUAUUAACUACGGAAAUCCUAAUCAGUACUACAGAACCCUCAGAAUUUACAACUGAAUCUGCCAUUGUUACUACGGAAUUUGUAUCAAUCAAUGAAACUACAGAAGCUACUGAAACAGCAACAGGUACCUCACCUUUCACGACCACUGAAACUUCAGAAACUCCAUCCUCUACCGAGUCUACAACCGAAUCCACGGUAUUAACUACGGAAAUCCUAAUUAGUACUACAGAAACCUCAGAAUUUACAACUGAACCUGCCAUUGUUACUACGGAAUUUGUAUCGAUCAAUGAAACUACAGAAGCUACUGAAACAGCAACAGGUACCUCACCUUUCUCGACAAUUGAAACUACUGAAACUCCAUCCUCCACCGAGUCUACAACCGAAUCCACGGUAUUAGCUACGAAAAUACUAAUCAGUACUACAGAACCCUCAGAAUUUACAACUGAAUCUGCCAUUGUUACUACGGAAUUUGUAUCAAUCAAUGAAACUACAGAAGCUACUGAAAUAGCAACAGGUACCUCACCUUUCUCGACAAUUGAAACUACUGAAACUCCAUCCUCCACCGAGUCUACAACCGAAUCCACGGUAUUAGCUACGAAAAUACUAAUCAGUACUACAGAACCCUCAGAAUUUACAACUGAAUCUGCCAUUGUUACUACGGAAUUUGUAUCAAUCAAUGAAACUACAGAAGCUACUGAAAUAGCAACAGGUACCUCACCUUUCACGACCAUUGAAACUACAGAAACUCCAUCCUCUACCGAGUCUACAACCGAAUCCACGGUAUUAACUACGGAAAUACUAAUCAGUACUACAGAAACCUCAGAAUUUACAACUGAAUCUGCCAUUGUUACUACGGAAUUUGUAUCAAUCAAUGAAACUACAGAAGCUACUGAAACAGCAACAGGUACCUCACCUUUCACGACCACUGAAACUUCAGAAACUCCAUCCUCUACCGAGUCUACAACCGAAUCCACGGUAUUAACUACGGAAAUCCUAAUCAGUACUACAGAAACCUCAGAAUUUACAACUGAACCUGCCAUUGUUACUACGGAAUUUGUAUCGAUCAAUGAAACUACAGAAGCUACUGAAACAGCAACAGGUACCUCACCUUUCACGACAACUGAAACUACUGAAACUCCAUCCUCCACCGAGUCUACAACCGAAUCCACGGUAUUAGCUACGAAAAUACUAAUCAGUACUACAGAAACCUCAGAAUUUACUACUGAAUCUGCCAUUGUUACUACGGAAUUUGUAUCAAUCAAUGAAACUACAGAAGCUACUGAAACAGCAACAGGUACCUCACCUUUCACGACCAUUGAAACUACAGAAACUCCAUCCUCUACCGAGUCUACAACCGAAUCCACGGUAUUAACUACGGAAAUCCUAAUCAGUACUACAGAAACCUCAGAAUUUACAACUGAAUCUGCCGUUGUUACUACGGAAUUUGUAUCGAUCAAUGAAACUACAGAAGCUACUGAAACAGCAACAGGUACCUCACCUUUCACGACAACUGAAACUACUGAAACUCCAUCCUCCACCGAGUCUACAACCGAAUCCACGGUAUUAACUACGGAAAUCCUAAUCAGUACUACAGAAACCUCAGAAUUUACAACUGAAUCUGCCAUUGUUACUACGGAAUUUGUAUCAAUCAAUGAAACUACAGAAGCUACUGAAACAGCAACAGGUACCUCACCUUUCACGACCACUGAAACUUCAGAAACUCCAUCCUCUACCGAGUCUACAACCGAAUCCACGGUAUUAACUACGGAAAUCCUAAUCAGUACUACAGAAACCUCAGAAUUUACAACUGAACCUGCCAUUGUUACUACGGAAUUUGUAUCGAUCAAUGAAACUACAGAAGCUACUGAAACAGCAACAGGUACCUCACCUUUCACGACCACUGAAACUUCAGAAACUCCAUCCUCUACCGAGUCUACAACCGAAUCCACGGUAUUAACUACGGAAAUCCUAAUCAGUACUACAGAAACCUCAGAAUUUACAACUGAACCUGCCAUUGUUACUACGGAAUUUGUAUCGAUCAAUGAAACUACAGAAGCUACUGAAACAGCAACAGGUACCUCACCUUUCACGACCACUGAAACUUCAGAAACUCCAUCCUCUACCGAGUCUUCAACCGAAUCCACGGUAUUAACUACGGAAAUCCUAAUCAGUACUACAGAAACCUCAGAAUUUACAACUGAAUCUGCCAUUGUUACUACGGAAUUUGUAUCAAUCAAUGAAACUACAGAAGCUACUGAAACAGCAACAGGUACCUCACCUUUCACGACCAUUGAAACUACUGAAACUCCAUCCUCCACCGAGUCUACAACCGAAUCCACGGUAUUAGCUACGAAAAUACUAAUCAGUACUACAGAAACCUCAGAAUUUACUACUGAAUCUGCCAUUGUUACUACGGAAUUUGUAUCAAUCAAUGAAACUACAGAAGCUACUGAAACAGCAUCAGGUACCUCACCUUUCAAGACCAUUGAAACUACAGAAACUCCGUCAUCUACGACAGAAUUUACAACUGAAUCUGCGAUACCAACAUCGAUAUCGUUGCCAAUAAAUGCAACUAUAGAGAAGGCAGAAUCUACAACUACAACUUUAAUGCCAGAAGUAUCUAUUGGAAUUCCUACCACUGAAAGUGCAAUAGUAACUACAGAAACACCAACAAGUAUCUAUGAAACGUCAGAAAUGACUACCGAAUCCAUUAUCGUUAUUACAGAAUUCGUACCAGUGAAUGAAACCAGCGAAACUAGUACGGAGAAAACAACAUUAACUCUGUUUGUUUCUACCAUAGAAACUACAGAAACACCAUCCUCUACUACGGAAUCUACAACUGAAUCCACGGUAUUGACUAGAGAAAUACCAACUAGUACUACAGAAACCACAAAAGAAACAACUGAAACUAUAUCAACAGAAUUAGUAGUGACUAUAAUAAGUACUGAGACAACAGAAACUACAAGUAGCCUUCCGAUGCCAGAAGUGACUUUAAGUAUUUCCACCACCAAAGCUACAACUCUGUCUACGGAAUCACCCACGGAACUGUAUACUGAACUGACUGAAGAAUACGAGGAAGAGUAUGAAGAAGAAAUGACUACAGAAUAUCCCGUGUUUCAUGACUACGAAGAAGAAGUUACUACUAUUUCUAUCGAAAGUCCAGCUCCCACUACAGAAUCUACUCUUAAAUCUAGAAGUACAACUACAGAAUCGCUGCCAAUUUCAGUAACAACAGAAACUCUAACUAGUACUAUGGAGACUCCAGUAAUCACAACCAAAUUUAUCAUUGUUACUACUGAAUUGUUACCUAUCAACGAAACUAUAGAAAGUACAGAAACUAUCGAAGUAACUACGUCGGUCAUAACUACAACUACAGAAGAAACAACAGGAACACCAUCAUCCACAUCUGAAUCCACCAUAAAAACAACAGAAACUACAUCAUCCACAACUGAAUCCACAAUAGAAACAACAGAAUUACUAGUGACCAAUAUUACUACUGAAACAACAGAAACUACAAUUAGUCUUCUGUUGCCUGAAGUGACUUUAAGUAUUUCUACCACCAAAGCUACCACACCAACUAGUAUUAUGGUAAUUUCAGAAGUUACAACUGAAGAGACGAUAGUAACAACAGAAUUAUUGCCUAUUAACAUAACAGAAACGACAGAAGAAACAACAGAAACACCAUCAUCCACAUCUGAAUCCACCAUAAAAACAACAGAAACUACAUCAUCCACAACUGAAUCCACAAUAGAAACAACAGAAUUACUAGUGACCAAUAUUACUACUGAAACAACAGAACCCACAACUAGUCUUCUGUUGCCAGAAGUGACUUUAAGUAUUUCUACCACCAAAGCUACCACACCAAUUAGUAUUAUGGUAAUUUCAGAAGUUACAACUGAAGAGACGAUAGUAACAACAGAAUUAUUGCCUAUUAACAUAACAGAAACGACAGAAGAAACAACAGAAACACCAUCAUCCACAUCUGAAUCCACCAUAAAAACAACAGAAACUACAUCAUCCACAACUGAAUCCACAAUAGAAACAACAGAAUUACUAGUGACCAAUAUUACUACUGAAACAACAGAACCCACAACUAGUCUUCUGUUGCCUGAAGUGACUUUAAGUAGUUAUACCACCGAAACUAGCACACUAUCUACAGAAGUCUAUACUGAAGAGACCGAAGAAUACGAGGAAGAAUAUGAAGAAGAAGUCACUAAAGAAUAUCCUGAGUUUCAUGAGUACGAAGAAGAAGUUAAUGUCACUAAAGGAAUCACUACUAUUUCUGUCGAAAGUCCAACUUCCACGACAGAAACACCAAUUAGUACUGCAGAAACUUUAAAAAUCACAACUGAAUUCAUGAUACUAACAACAGAAUUAUUGCCUAUCAACGAAACAACAGAAACGCCAUCAUCCACAACUGAAUCCACUAUAAUAACAACAGAAUUACUAGUGAUCAACAUAACUACAGAAGCAACAGAACCCACAACUAGUCUUCUGUUGCCAGAAGUGACUUUAAGUAUUUCUACCACAGAAGCUACUACACUGUCUACAUCCACAGUAGUGCAUACCGAAGAGACUGAGACCGUUGUUACAGAAUACGAGGAAUACAAAGAAGAAGAAGAAGAAGAAGAAGAAUACGAGGAAGAAACCACCGAAGAAUAUCCGCAAUUUCGUGAUUACGAAGAAGUCAAUGUCACUGAAACAAUUUCUACCAAAGUUACUAUUGUUCCCAGUAAAGUACCAUCGUCCACUAUAGAAUCUACUGUGCCAAUUAGCGUAACUACAGGAUUGUUACCAGUUUUUGUAACCAUGGAAACGACGCCAUUUUGGGAAGCUAACCUCACCACUUACUCGAAAUCAAUAGAGUUCUUAAACGAAACUACCGAAUCGAGUUUGGUUCCCACAAUUCCAGAAGUAACUGCUGAAACAACGGAACUUACCACUGAAAAAGUAUCAGUUGCUCCAGGAACAACAGAAACUACCAUUUCACACAUUGUUCCAACGCAUUUGAUCCACGUAGAAAUCACAAUUCCAAAUGUGACGAUUACUACAGGUGCUACCAUAACGGAAGAAGUUUACGCUGAAACUGAGAAAAUGUACGACUACGAAUACGGCAAGGAGUACAAAGAAGCGUACGACGAAGAACCGAAGGAAGAAGAGUACGAAGAGAGCACGGAAAUUCCAAUAUGGCGCGACUACGUAGAAGAGAACUUGACGUCCACGGAGGAAAUCAUCAGAAUAGACGUAACCGUUACGAUUCCAAACGCGACUGAGGAAAUUGUGAGGACAGAAACUGAAGAAGAAAUGGCAAUUACAACCGUCGUGUAUACUUUGGUGUCCACGACGGAAUUUACCACGGAAUAUUUGCCUCCCGAUUACUUUGAGGUUAGAAACGAGACCGAAGUUAAGUACACGUCGCCUUCGGAAAAAACGUGGAGCAUCGCUGUAGCAAAUGUGACGCAUUUACCGUUAACGACGGACAAAGAACAGAAGAUGAUUCGUCAGGAAGAAAUGAAGAAAGAAUUAAUCGAGAAGCUGGACGAGUUGGAAAACGUCGAGAAAGAUAUCAACGAAAGAGAAGAGAAAUUGGCGAGGGAGCUGAUCCAGUGGGAGCACGAGAAAGAGUUGCGAUGGCAGAAGGCACACAAACAGGAAAAGGAAGUUAACGUUACCCAUAUAACCACUCCAACGAAAAUUGAUUCCAGCACGCGUGGAUCGGAUGUUUCGUUCCCGACUGUAGUUCCUGGAAAGGAUAUAACGACCACGGCAGUUAUAACGACGCAAGACAUGCUCGAGCACGAGGUCAGAUCGUUGGAGGAAGAAUUUUCAGUGAAGGAAAAGGAAUUAAAGGAGAGGGAAGACAAUUUGGAGGAAAGGGAGAAGAAAUUCGAGAGGGAGAAAGAAGAAUUCGAAAGGGAGUUGCAAGAGUUGGCGAAACCGUCCAGCAAAUCGUACGACGGAACGACGAGCCUGGUCGCGCCGACAACGCCAUCUGUCACGCAGUUUCCACCCACGGAGAGAACGACGAUAGAGAUUCACGAGCCAACGGCGAGAAAAGUGACGCAUCCGACGACGAGGGUCUGUCUGAACGUUCUGAAGGAGAAACCUGCGGGAAAACGUAUCGAGAAUUUGGCCACCGAGAGGAUUUGCUUGCCGUAUGUUCCGGAUAAACCGAGUUUAUCGAGAGGGAAAGACACGGAAGAGGAGAGAAUUAAGAUCGACAGCUUGAAGCUUUCGGGCCACGAAUGGACGGAAGGCACGUUUACGGGAGAGCACGGCAAUAACCAAGAGGAGUCGAGAAGGUUUAAUGAGGAGAAGGUUCGAUUUAAACGGUGCAGCAUUUGUCAGGUUCGCGAUCGUGAGUGGAAAGACAACGGUUCGAGCUCGAAAUUUCAUUAUGCCGUGACAAAGGUUGGACCCGUAGAACGAAUCCUAACGAACGAAACAACGAUAUUGGAAAUCAGAGACGUCGAUGACGAAAGAAUAACGAGGGAGAACGAAUGCAAUUAUGAAGGGACCGUUGGGCGUUUCUCGAGAGAGGAAGAGAACGUUUUGCAACGGCCCGUCGAACGUGGCUCGACAAUCGAUGAACGAGGGAACGUGAUCGAUUCGAGCAAGGACUCGCGCCCCAGAUAUAUCAGGCAAAAAGGCAAAGGGAAACGCAGGCAAACUCCUGGCCCAGAAUGGCCAACCGAGCCGAUUACUUACCACAUAGGCGGUACCAGGUCUUGGACCGUGAUGUUCCCCGAGCCUGAACUUCCGGAGAAAGUCGAGUCCGAUGACAGGGACGAAGUAAGCUCGCCGGAGCAAACAACUUGUUUCUAUGUCAUCGCUACCGACGAAGAAACUAUAGUUGAAAGCCCCGAGGUGAACUAA